UUUGUCGCGACACACCAAUGAACGUGCACUACCCGUCAGCAUCCUUUUCCCUCGUCUUCAUCGCGACCUUCAUCGCCCGACAGCAUCAUCAAAUGGGAGGAGCGCAGCGGGACGGGGCCGGCGUGUGCGCAUCGCCCUCCGCGGGGCCGCAGAUGAAGCAUGGCAGGCGACAGCGAGACAAAGCCGGCUGACAAAGCCGACGAUGAGCGCCGCGACCGGCAGCCGUUCCUCAUCGGCGUGGCCGGGGGCACCGCCAGCGGCAAGUCAUCUGUGUGCAGCAGGAUCAUGGAGCUGCUGGGGCAGAAUGAGAUUGACCACCACCAGAGGCAAGUGGCCAUCCUCAGCCAGGACAGCUUCUACAGGGUCCUCACCUUGGAGCAGAAGGCCAAAGCGCUGAAGGGCCAGUUCAACUUUGACCACCCAGAUGCGUUUGACAACGACCUCAUAAUCACAACUCUGCGGGACAUCAAGGAGGGCAAAACGGUGCACAUCCCCGUUUACGACUUUGUAUCCCACUCCAGGAAGGAGGAGACGGUGACCGUGUACCCCGCCGACGUGGUGCUGUUCGAGGGCAUCCUGAUGUUCUACUCCCAGGAGAUUCAAGACUUUUUCCAAAUGAAGCUGUUCGUGGACACCGACGCGGACACGCGGCUGUCCCGCAGGGUGCUGCGGGACAUAGGUGAUCGCGGCCGGGACCUGGAGAGCGUUCUCGCGCAGUACAUCAACUUCGUCAAGCCUGCGUUCGAGGAGUUCUGCCUGCCAACGAAGAAAUACGCCGAUGUUAUAAUACCAAGAGGCGCCGAUAACAUUGGAUAUUCUAAAUGGCGGUUUGACCAAACGGCUGAGCGGGUGGUUCAACGGUUUCGGAGCGACGAAGAAUCAGCCAAACAUGGAGUCCAGCAGUCGGCCACACUGAGCACAGAAGCAGUCCAAGAGAGGAGGAAGGAAGGAAGGAAGGAAGGAAGGAAGGAAGGUUCACCUGCACGUGCCAAAUUGUGCUCUUCAGUGGGGCAGACGGGGCACGAGUUACUGCCAGGACAUCAAAAAGGGCCUGGUUUGUUCAUACGAUUCUGCUUCGAUUGAGAACAUCAAUGAGAAGCGGGGAUUUCUUUCCCUUGUGGAGCUGGUUUAAAGCAGUUGUAUUCUGCUUUUAUUUUUCUCUUUAUUCUUUGCUUGUGAACUCUGAGAUUAUAGGGGGGGAGAAAUACACAGAGGCUCACAUGGAAUUUAAUUUCAAACUGCUGCCUGCCUUUACCACAGCGCUGUAAUGGAGAAACUAAAGAAGCAGUUAGUAAAAAGAGCAAAGAAAAAAGACUUCAGAACACUUGACAGCCUUUAACCAUACAAUAGACACAGUGUAGCAACAUGCAGUUGAACGGCAGGGCCUUACCCUAUUUUCCGUUAAUGAGAUCACUGUGUGACCGGACUGAUUCCAUUAUUUUUCAAGCUCCAUAUAAAUCAGAUUUAUGUUAUAGAUUCUGACCUGAUGUACUAAUGGGUUAAGAUUUCUGAUCUUUGUGUCAUGUGGCCUGUACUUGCUUUGUCGUGUGUAAAUCUAUGACUUAUUAGGGCGAAUUAAACAACCGAUUUUCACCUCAAUCCAAAGAUGUCUGACAUCGUGUCCAAAGAAAAUGUUCCAUUCUGUCUUUGUGGGCUAAUUGAUUUCCACCUGAAUGCGGGAUGGACAUACCCGUUGGUCAUUUAUUAAGAUGCUGAUGUUACACACAGAACAGUUGAUCACGUUGUUAUAGAAAUGCCGCAAAGUAUUAUUUUGUGUCUCUGAUUUCUUCGAACUUGAAUCCUCAGAUGCACAUUUGCUAGUUUCAUUCAAAUGAAUAUGCAUUCAGCUGUAAAAUGUCAAGUAAUUCCAAGACGCCCGGUGUGUUAGUGUUCUGCAAAUGUUGUUUAAUGCAGGUUUCGUUCUGUGUACAUAUUUCUAAUGAUAAAAGUUCUCAGGUACUCUGUGUCUGCUUGAGUUGACACAUCUGUCACUGAAAGUCUUGUAUUUGAUUACACACAAAAAAAUCCUAUGUUGCUUCA